AGCGCUUUAGAACAAAUCUGUUGGCGUACUAAAAAACAAGCCUUAUUUUUGUUUACAACUAACGUUUUGUUAUCAUAUCAACGAACGCGACUCUUUCUUUUUUUUUCUGCCAAAUCUCAGAACUCAGAACACCCAAUUUCGGACUCCCAAUUUCCAACCCCUUUCAGAUCUCAUUGCAACUAUGUCCUCCGGAAAGAUCCUGCCACGUCGCCAGGCGGUGCCAAUCCUCUACACACGGGGCACCCACUAUGAGGUCGGGUUCGAUAUGGGCCGCACAUUCGGUUCGAUGAUCAAGAACUUUCUGAUCUUGUCGAAGCCCCUCAACGAGACCUACUUGCCGCUCUACCAGUCCCCAAAAGGCAGGCAAAUAUAUAAUGAGACCCUGGGAUCGGUCAAGGACAGCUUCCCGCAGUAUAUUCGCGAACUGGAGGGCGUGGCCGAUGGUGCGGAGGUGGAAUUUCAUAAGCUAUUUUUACUGCACCUGGAUGAGAUUCUGCCGCAGGCAUUGAAGCACCAGCCACGUAGCAAGAACCAACCCACUGGAUGCUCCACGAUUGUCGUCAACCAGAAGAAUUGCCGCCUGUUGGGCCACACGGAGGAUGCCCUGACGGAGACCCUCAACCAUUACUACUUCGUGGUGGCCCACAUCAUCAGCGACAAGCCGCAGGGCAAGUACAACGUGAAGGAGGAGCACUUCAUGUCCUUGUGCUACGCAGGACACCUGCCAGGAUACACCAUGAGCCAGAACCACCACGGACUGGUGUUCAGCAUCAACACGAUCAGUGCGGAACUUUUACGCAGCGGCAAGACCCCUCGUCACUUCAUCACCAGAGCCCUGUUGGCCACCAGCAACGUGGACGAUGCCUUCAGGGUGCUCAGGGAUGCGGGAGUGGGAGCGGCGGAUGCCUGUUCCAUCAACUUCACCUUCCUGGCUGAUCCCCGACAGAUGUGCUACAAUGUGGAGAUGGCUCCAUCGCCGGAACGAAAGAAUGAGUCACAUUUGAACAUCAAGGAGAUUCCACUGGGCGAGCAUAAUUACCAUGUCAAUCAAUUCGAUCGCAUCCGGCAGGACCAGGCCAACGACCUGAUGAUCGAGUCGAGUAUCUCGCGGAUGCAGACCUUCGGAUGUUAUAAGCCGCCGAUGAGCGAACUGGAUGUGCGGCACAUGCUGGGCGACGUUUCUGGCGGAGAUUACUGCGUGUGGCGGGAAAACAAGAGAUGCGACGAGGUGGUCAAGACCAUUGCCGUGGGCAUCUUCGAUCUGAGUGGCCGGACGGUGUCCUUGUACUCGGACAAUCCCAGCGAGACGGAGCCCCACUGCCGACUGCCGCUCCUCUUCAAGUAGAUCCCCAGUCUCCUUCUCAAAUGAACAAAUAAUAUAAAACCAUAAUAUCUUAUUCUCAAGUAAAACCAAUUAUUGGUUACAGGCAUUUCCACUUAAUUAGAACACUUUCCAAAUCGUUUUUGAACUCUGUUCUCUUAGUAGAUAUUAUGAUAUCUGAAAUAAUUUCUAGAUAAAUGUAUCGCUCCUUCUUAAGUGGAUUCCAAGCAUUUUGGAUUUUGAUUUCUUUUGGAAAACACUCUUAAAUGACUAAAAUAUUAACCAUUAUUUACAUUAUAGAUAAAAAAGCAUUCACAAAAUAAAUAAAAAGCAAAAGUGGACACCACUCAUCUAGGACUCUUUUUCACACAGUAUUGUGACAUUAAAUAUUUGAAUGAAAUAAAUAUUUUAGUUUAUAUCAAAAAUUAGCUUAAAUUAAAAAUGCCUUAAGAAAAUUUAAUUGUAUUAUUUUUUAACAUUUUUGUAUGCACUAUUUUUUUUUUUCCACCAUAUUAUCGUGUUAUUGGCCACAGCUUUUUGUAUUAAAUACUCAAAUGACCAUUUAAAAAAUUAUGUAUGGUCUUAUCAGUAUAUACACUUAAUAACUGAUUUUCAUUUCCACUAAAUUUAGUUUAAACAAUUUUGUUGUCAUCUCAUUUUUAUUUUACUCAGAAUUAAAAUUUGCAGCCGACAAGAGUAAAUUUAAUUCACUUUUUCACUUGUUAUCAUCAAAGAAUUGCGUUUAUUUAUACAAAUUUCAAUCUGAUAUAUUGUACAUUAUUUUAAUAAAAACUUUCUAUAAAAAAUA